AUGCACCGAGCGACACAGCGCUUACUGCUCAUCCUGUUCCACGUCUACGUCCAAGUGGCGGUUGGUACCUAUAUUGCUCCCCGGGCGUCCGACACCGCGGCCGAUGCUUGCCGGGCGUUCCGAUACACAAAGCCAGGAGUUGCCAGUACUACUGCUCCUAGCCAGUACUUCCAUGCUGGAGACCGGGUCAAUAUCGUGAACCCGUCUUCGUCGAUUGACUCGACGAAUCUGCCUGCUUUUUGUCGUGUACAACUAACGGUCGUCACAAACCCGGCCACUAACAAGACUGCGGGUGCAGAGCUGUGGCUUCCGCUGAAUUGGAACGGGCGGUUCUUGGCCAUCGGGAACUCAGGACACAGUGGAGGAGCCGUCGUCGAGGAUUUAGGCUUCGUAGCCGUGGCCCAGGGUUUCGCGGGGGUCUCGACCGACACGGGGCAUAACGAUACGUCAGGCGGUACUCCAUGGCCUCUUCAUAACGAUGAGGCCAUCAUUGAUUGGUCGUGGAGGGCAAUGCACGUUUCCGUAGUGGUUGGAAAGAUGGUGGUCACAACGUACUAUCAGCAAGCGGUAAACAAGAGCUACUAUAUUGGAUGUUCGACAGGUGGUCGGCAGGGACUAAAGGAAGUCCAGAUGUUCCCGGGAGACUUUGACGGCGUCGUCAUUGGCUCACCCGCUAACUGGAUGACUCACGUCCAGCCUUGGAGUCUGCACGUCAACAGCCUGGUGCAGCCUGUCAACUCGACGCGGUGGAUACCAGCGGCGACGUGGCAGAAUCUGAUCCAUAACGAGGUGUUGAGGCAGUGCGACGGGUUAGACGGUGUAGAGGAUGGAAUCCUGAACGACCCUACGCGGUGCAACUUCGAUCCUUCGCCUAUCACCUGCAACAGCACCAACUCUACCAACUGUCUGACCAGCACGCAAGUCCACGCGCUCAUGCAAGUCUACUCUGACUACAUCGAGGCGAAUAACACGUUCAUCUUCAACGGACUGUAUCUCGGUGGAGAGCUUGAUUAUCCGAAUGCCCUCGUAGGCGACCAUGUCUCGGACUUGGCCCUCUAUUAUGAGCGUUAUUUUGUCAUGAAUGAUUCAUCGUGGCAUGUCUCGCAGCUCAAUCUAGCUGCCAUCCAGCUAGGUGAUAGGCUUGACGUAGGUCAUGCAAAUGCCAUAGAUCCCAAUAUCUCCGCCUUCACUAACGCUCCUCAUAACGGCAAACUCAUACACUACGUUGGCUUGGCCGAUCAAUUGAUAUCGCCCGGCAACUCGAAGCUAUACUACAACUCCGUCAAGUCAUUCAUGCAGGCUAACGCGCUGGGAGACAUUGACAAUGUCUAUCGGCUGUUUCCCGUUCCUGGGAUGAAACACUGCAAGGUACCUUCGAUUCCUCUUGAUAAACGCCUUCGGCUGGCUAACAUCACGUAA